GAGGCAUUCUCAAUAUAAAUACAAUAUAGAUAUGCUUGUUCAUCUUUUCUUUUUCUUUAAAAUGAAUAUUAUUGACAAAAUAAAAGUAAACAUCAGUGUAUGGAGAUUAGAACAAAAGACAAAGCGAAGGUCACUUUCGCCUGAAUUCCAAUCCAAAAGCAAGCAGUAUUACAAAGACAUUUAUCGAGAUGGGGUCUACGAUACUUAUGAUUUAAAAACGAAAAAGAAUAUGAGCAUUAUCGACUCACUAACCAAGGUUCCUUCACAUAUCGGUCGAGGGGCGAAUGCGAUAUGGAGCUUCAGUUCAAGCAACAAUAAUAAAUAAACGCCUUCUUCAGAGAUAUAUAACAAAAGAAAAUAAAACCAAUGCUCAAAUUUCUCACGGCUUUAUUUCCCCU